GUUAAUCCUUUACGCCUUUUAUUUUUAUUAAGAGUCUUGGAGAACUUGAGGCAGUGUGAUUGAUUUCUAGAAGAAAAUAACCGGCUGCUGGCACCGAUGCUGGGUCGGUUUCCUCCAGCUGCAUUGGAACAGGACGGAGGUUCCUCUCCUCUCUCUAGUGGCCGUUCUCCAAAGCUCAUGAACUGAUAAUAAUGUUGUGGGUGGGCUCAGACCGCGUUUGUCUAUCGCUUGAGUUUCCUGUGACCUCCCUCCCGCAGGACUUGCCAGAACCGCAGUGGUUCCCAGACUAGGGUAUUCUCAAGGCCAAAGUUGGCUUUGCUCAUCACUGAAUUAUGACUUUCUUUUUAAUUUCCUUCACUUCUUUAACUGGUGGGCAGUUAAUGAUUUACCAGUUUUCAACCAGCACUUCUUGUUACAGCAGAUCUUUAGAAUAGGACCCGUAGCCAAAACCUACUCCUGAAGUUGUAUAAGGACUGGUAAUCUCUGUAGAGCACAUAUAAAGGAGUCUUGAGUGUUACAACUGUGAAGUGCUUGGGGUGUCAGAAGCUUGAGUUUAGAAUCUAAGGAAAGAGAAGAGUUUCACCUAUGCUGGCCAAAGCAUGCCCACUUCCCUUGGAGAGCUAGUUCAGAAGGGGCUGAUGUCCUUCGUUAUUGUGCCACCAGUGACAAUAAAAUCAGAUGGACUGAACAGCCAGAGGAAGAGAAAAGAAACUCCAUGUCUGCAGAAAUGGAGGUCUCACUGAGUUGGGUAUUGUCAGAUAUUUCAUACCUGCUCCGUAUCUGUUUAUUGCAACAGCUGGUGGCCACAGGUUUUCAUCAUUUAAUGGAGUGACUCUUGGGCAAGGCUUCUCUCUCUUUCUGACAGAUCCAGUAACACCUUUUUUCCUGCUUCUAAACAUUGCUCUGGUUUCUUUUGAUUUGAAUACACUGCUGGAAACAACUUCUGUGGGCAAGCAUGGGCUGCCGGGAUGUUCAUGCAGCAACAGUACUGGCCUUCCUCAGUGGAACAGCCUCAGUAGCUGGACUCCUUGCAGCAGUUCUGCUUCCAAACUGGAGGCAAAUGAGACUGUACACAUUCAACAAGAAUGAGAGAAAUGUGACAGUUUACAGCGGACUCUGGAUUAAGUGCGCUCGCUUUGAUGGGAGCAGAGACUGUGUGAUCUAUGACCCACAGUGGUACACUGCUGUUGAUCAACUGGAUUUGCGUGUUCUUCAGUUUACCCUUCCACUGAGCAUGUUAACUGCUGUCUCGGCUCUGUUUCUCUGCUUGAUUGGCAUGUGUAACACAGCGUUUGUAUCUACCGUGCCAAAUGUUAAACUGGCCAAAUGCCUUGUAAACAGUGCAGGCUGCCAUCUCGUGGCUGGCCUCUUGUUCCUGCUUGCAUGUGCCAUUUGUCUCACUCCAUCAGUCUGGGUCAUUUUUUAUAACAACUAUCUGAACAGAAAAUAUGAGCCUAUCUUUAGCUUUGACAUCUCUGUAUUUAUUGCCAUUGCCAGUGCUGGCGGUCUGUUUUUCACUUCUGUUCUGCUGUUUCUGUGGUACUGUGCGUGUAAAAGCCUCCCUUCGCCUUUCUGGCAGCCCCUCUAUUCCCAUGCCCCUAGCAUGCAUAGCUAUGCCUCCCAGCCCUACUCUGCACGCUCUCGCCUCUCUGCCAUAGAAAUUGACAUCCCUGUUGUGACACAUGCAUCUUAAGAAGAUAGCGUCUUGGAAGCCAACUUCUUUUGCUCAUUCAAACCGUGCAAAUUACAGCCUCAGUUCUCUCUGCUGCCUUGCACUGAGCAUAAUCAUUUGUAAAGUCAAGUUUCCCAAGACGCAAAGCAAUAGCGACCCAAGUUUAGCAAGUCCCUUGCUGUUCUCAUGUGUUACUCUCUGACCAACCAUUUUUUUGAAUUCCGAGCUCACUACAGACAAAACUGCUGCUAAUGCUGGGACAAUAUGCU